CCCCCCCCCCUCAUCCGCAUCUCUCUCUUUCUCUGUCCACCGCCAUUUCCUCUCUCGCUCCCGGCUACCUCCCGAGCAUUGCCCUCUGUAUCGCCCUUCCCCUCCCACCCCCCCGACCGCACCAUACCGGCCUGAGCCGCCGCUCGCGAGCUGAAAUCAUCGCCCGGAUUGAUAAUCCCCGCUGGCGUCCGGCCUUCUGCAAGACGACCUGACCUGACCCUGAUCACGGACCGUGAUCGUACCGUUGGGCUCACCAGCCAUGUCUGAAUCAACUAGCACAAAUACUCCCAAGCCGAGUAGCAGCGUCAAGCUGGUACUUUUGGGCGAAGCCGCUGUGGGCAAGUCAUCGCUGGUGUUGCGAUUUGUCAACAACGAUUUCCAAGAGAACAAAGAGCCGACCAUUGGAGCUGCCUUCCUUACCCAAAAAUGUUCCCUGCCGACGCGCACGAUCAAGUUCGAAAUCUGGGAUACCGCGGGCCAGGAGCGGUUCGCCUCGCUCGCUCCCAUGUACUACCGUAACGCCCAGGCGGCGCUGGUGGUCUACGAUGUCACCAAGCCGUCCUCUCUCACCAAGGCGAAGCACUGGGUCGCCGAGCUCCAGCGACAGGCCAGCCCCGGGAUCGUGAUCGCCCUGGUGGGCAAUAAGCUGGACUUGACCAACGACGGGAUCGACACGGCCGGGGAGGCGCCCGCGGAGGCGGACGGCGAGUCUGCGGCCGACGGCGAGGAGGCUGCGGGGGAGAACCAGGAGGAGCAGGAUGUGGCCUCUGGGGAUGCCCGCAAGGUUCCGACGCGGGAGGCCAGCAGCUACGCGGAGGAAGAGGGCCUGCUGUUUUUCGAGACCAGUGCCAAGACCGGGGUGAACGUCGUGGAUGUGUUUACUGCGAUUGCGAACGCGAUCCCGGAGAGCAGCCUGAAGAGUGGCCGCGGCGCUGGGGCGGGCACGGGCCAGACGAGCCUGGGCAGUGGGCGUCCGGCGGAUGACUCGCGAGUCAACCUGGGGGAGCGCGGGCCUGCGACGGCGAAGGAAGGGUGUGCCUGCUAGUUUCGGAUUGUUUUGCAGCGCGUUAUGGCCUUUGAUUGUGCAUGCGUUUUUUUCUUUUUUUCUUUUUUUCUUUUUACCUUAAUUGUUCGAUACAAUAUCAAGUUGAUUACACAGUCG